UCUAAUGUAACAGGUUCAAUGUCAAAGUUUGUAAAAUACAUGGCUGUCAAACUAGAAAGAGUUUCUUCUGACUUCCUGUGCAUUAACAUGUGUAUCCAAUCCAGAGCAGAGUACCUGAUCCUCGUCUUUAUGAUUUCAACACUGGCAGCACAAACACAAACAGGCAGAUGACUCAGCAGUUUCAUCAUUUUUGGACACCAGCCUCUUGCAUUCAGUUUCUUCACAUCCAGUCGUCGUUUUACAGAUGUGGAGCAGCGUAAGUACAGGAAGAACUGCGUGGAGACUGACGCCAAGUGGCUGCAGGCCAAAGAAGAAGAGCUGAUGAUGAAGCUGAUAAAGAGGGAAGAGCUGAUGAAGAAGAAGCAGGAGAUCAGGAACCAUCUGACUCAUCUAAAGAAGGAGAGGAGAGAACUGCGCACUGCUGUGGAGGCUGCUGCUGGCAAACGUUGUCAUGGCUCCCUGUCGGAGCGACUGAAGAAGGUGGAGGAUGAGUGCAGGCAAAGGGAGGAGGAAAGGGUGAACCCGGAGCUGGAGCUGAUGAAGGUGAAGGAGAGUCUGAAGAAGGCCCUGAGUGGAGGCGUCACCCUUGGCCUCACUAUCAAACCAAAAGCUGGCUCCUCUGACCUCCAGUCACUGGUGAUGUUGCGACAGACCCAGGAGUCUUCUCCCUUCUCCAGCUGUUACACCAGUGACACUGAGUCCUGCUCCCUGCUGGUCAACAGUGCCUCACUGCUCCGUCGGCAGCAGGGCGGCCAGAAGGCCUCACCAGUCCGUGGACACGUCCUCAGGAAGGCCAAGAUCAGAGCUCACAAUGUAGAUUGGGACCAGACUGAUGUAUAAUGGUUUGCAAUAUACUGGGACAGUUUUGGCAGUCCUGUUUCAACAUGAGUCCCCUCAUGCACAAAGUUCAUGAGGACAUUUUCCCACUUUGAGUGGAAUUAACACAUCGUCUUAUCACCCAACAUCAGUG